AUGUUCCUCCUGCUUACAAUAUUCCAGAUCAUGGCUGUAGCCAUGGCACAGACCCCCGAGGAUGAUAACAAGAUCAUUGGCGGCUACACAUGUGUGCAGAAUUCACAGCCCUGGCAGGCUGCCCUGCUGACAGGACCGUUUCGGCGCUUCCUCUGUGGGGGGGUCCUGCUCUCAGACCAGUGGGUCAUCACCGCCGCACACUGCGCCCGCCCGAUCCUGCAGGUGGCCCUGGGGAAGCACAACCUGAGGCGGUGGGAGGCCACCCAGCAGGUGCUGCGCGUGGCUCGCCAGGUGCCCCACCCGCAGUACAACGCCCGGACCCAUGAUAACGACCUCAUGCUGCUGCGACUGGCGAAGCCCGCUCAGCUAGGGAGGGCGGUCAGGCCCAUCGCCACGGCCUCUGCCUGCGCCAGCCCUGGCACAGCCUGCCAAGUGUCCGGCUGGGGCACCACGGCCAGCCCCAUCGCCAGGUACCCCAAUGCUCUGCAGUGUGUAAACGUCAAUAUCAUGGAUGAGCAGGCGUGCCGCAAGGCCUAUUCUGGGGCGAUCACCCCAGGUAUGGUCUGUGCGGGGGUCCCCCAGGGCGGCAAGGACUCAUGCCAGGGUGACUCCGGGGGUCCUCUGGUGUGCAGGGGUCAGCUGCAGGGCCUCGUGUCCUGGGGGAUGGAGCGCUGUGCCAUGCCUGGCUACCCCGGCGUCUACACCAACCUGUGCAAGUACCGUGACUGGAUCCAGAAAACCAUAAGGGGGAGCUAA